UAUCUUUUUUGUAGAAAUGUUUUCAGCACAAUGAGACUGUCUUCCACCUGAAAGCUGUGUGCCAUCAAGGCAGACAUCUCUAUCUAGCCGCGCGCAAAACAUUGAAAUGGCGCGUUUGGCUCGGGGCGGAUGUGUGGGCGCCUUUUGCAGAGGCACAAUGCAUAUCGAUAUAUGUCAUUUAGUUUUCAUGGCCAGCAGAACAUUAUUAGAACGGUGAGAGAAACAUAUUAAACCAAAUUAAGAAGAUGCAUACUUUUAAGCCUGUAAGAAAUCUCUGGAAAAGACUGGGGAAAAAAAGAAUUCUUAAAUCAUAAUACAGUGUAUGCAAUGCCGUUUAAAACAAAAGAUUGUUUCUCUUUUGCUCGCUGAAGGUUAAUCAAAGACAUGCACACAGGUAACCUAGUAAACCGUUAUCCUGGCGCAUGCACAUAUCUUUGUUCGGACGCAUAAAUGACGAUAAAUGCGAUUAAAACACACAUAUAUACGCAUACUUCCAAUUGUGAAUAGCAAGAUCAAAUGUUGUUCUUGUAACUCGCCCCAGCUCAGGCAGGGUUGAGCUAAUUGUAGCCUAAUCCUGCCCCGGGGCGUUUGGAGAGCCUUGAGCAAGAAUUCUUGUUCAGCUGUCCUCUGUUAUUCGGGCUGGAACGCUGUGCCUUCAACGCACUCUCACGCUUCAACAAAAAAGGAGCAAGAAAGAAAAAAAGCGAGGCUAAGACACGCCACGAUCGAUCUCAUGUUUUAAAGAGGGCUGAAGAUACAUUUACAGCUAUGUCUUCCAAGGCCAGAAUCGCACCUUAGAUCUCGGAGAUUGAACGGGUGAGGGGAACCAGGAGCUGUUUAUUUGAUACUGUGCUGUUUGUACAGGAGGGAAGGAGCAUGUCUCGGCUGUCUUUGACCCGGUCCCCAGUGUCUCCUCUGGCCACUCAGGGAAUCCCACUGCCGGCUCAGCUGACUAAAGCAAACGCUCCAGUUCACAUUGACGUAGGCGGGCACAUGUACACCAGCAGUCUGGCCACCCUCACCAAAUACCCAGACUCCAGAAUCAGUCGCCUGUUCAACGGCACAGAACCGAUUGUUUUGGACAGUCUGAAGCAGCAUUAUUUUAUCGACAGAGACGGAGAGAUAUUCCGCUAUAUUCUGAGCUACCUGAGAACCAGCAAACUGCUUCUUCCUGACGACUUCAAGGAGUUCCAGCUGCUGUAUGAGGAGGCUCGGUAUUACCAGCUGACGCCCAUGGUGAAAGAGCUGGAUCGCUGGAAACAGGACCGGGAGCAGCGGCGGGCGGCUCAGCCCUGUGAGUGCCUGGUGGUGCGGGUGACCCCUGACCUGGGCGAGAGGAUUGCCAUCAGUGGGGAUAAGGCCCUCAUAGAGGAAAUUUUCCCAGAGACAGGGGACGUCAUGUGCAAUUCAGUCAACGCCGGCUGGAACCAGGAUCCAACCCACGUUAUUCGCUUUCCACUGAAUGGCUACUGCAGGCUCAACUCUGUGCAGGUCCUGGAGAGACUGUUCCAGAAAGGAUUCAGCAUGGUGGCAUCAUGCGGCGGGGGUGUGGACUCCUCCCAGUUCAGUGAAUACAUCCUGAGUCGGGAAGACAGACGGUGUCAGACCAGCCACACGCCCAUCAGGAUAAAACAGGAGCCUCUGGACUAGCCAGCUCUUGUGUCAACCAUGAACACCUCAGUCUGCUUUCGAAAAAAAAACAAAAAAAAAAUGCCAGCGGACAAAUA